GGUCGUAUCAUAUUUUUUGCGAUGGACAAUGGGUGGAGAAAACGUACGGUGGCUAUUUAACCACGAAUCAAUUCCGUUCCAUUGCCGAUGAAGACGUUCAACUUGGUCGUACGCACAUCAAAUAGAGACAUCAUAAUGAACCACUUCAAAGUAUUCACUGCGCUAGCGGCAUUCUGCGCGUGCGGAGCACUGGCCGCCCCGGCCGGUCACCACACGGUCAUACCGAUCCUGAAGCAGGUGAACCGGCAGAACGAGGACGGUUCGUACAGUUACGGUUACGAGAACGCCGACGGCACGUACAAGAUCGAGACCAAGUAUCCGACGGGAGAGGUGUACGGCAAGUACGGUUACGUGGACGAGACGGGCAAGCUGAGGACCGUCGAGUACGGCGCGUCCGCUCGCGGCUUCGAGCCGGUCGGCACCGACAUCACCGUGCCGCCGCCCGUCCUGGGCGUUGACUCCAACGACCUGCACAAGGACCAGUCGUCGUCGUCGCAGGACGACUACGACGACGGACAGUACCGCGAGGACCCGAGCGUGUACUACAAGACGUCGUCGUCGGACGGCGGCCAACAACAGAUGCAGCUCAGCCACCAGCAACAGCAACAGCACCACCAGCAGCAACUGCAACUCCACCAACAGCAACAGCAGCAGCAACUGCGAUCCCUGCAGCAGGCGGCACCCAUCGCGCCCAGGCAACAGCCGCAGCAGCAGUGGUUCUCCAGCGGUCCGCAACAGAAGUUCCAGUCCCAUCCGUCCGUGCACAACUUCGAUCCCGCGUCCGGAUCGUUCUCCAUCUCGUACACGGGAAAGUAACCGCGACCGUCGUCGGUUUAACGUCGAAUAGAGUAUAUUAAUAUUGUACUUAUUAUUAUUAUUAUUAUUAUUUGUACGAUGAUUUUUCCACUAUUAUUAUAUUAUAAGUUUUUUAUAAGUUUUUUUAUAUAUAAAAAUCAAUAAAAAAAAAAAUCUCUGUUAUCUUA